AUGGCGGUGCGAUCAGGCGGAUGUAAGCUAUCUCAAGCCGUCUACAAAGACAAGGAGAUUAUGUCCACCACAUCCUCCUUUUCCCGUUCCAACUCCGGUCCCCUCUCAAUACAAGAAGACUACACCGCACCAUCGUCUACUAGACCGAAUCGCAAAAAGAAGAAGAAAAAGAUCACAAAUGAGGAAAUCCCGGAGUCUUCCUCAAUUGCUGAAAAUUCUGUAAUCAACGGAGACAUGAAUUGCAGUAUUAAUGACGCCAGCGACAAAUGUACGAGGAGAAUAAGCAAUUAUACUUUGGUGCAGACGGAGAGCAGUGUUGUGAGGCUACCAGAGGAAGUUGAAAAAGAUUGUACAGUGUGUACGGUUAGUGGGACUUCGUCAGAUUUUGGGGAGCUGAGGCAAAGGAAUGUGAGUAGUGUGAUUAAUGGUGGGGGUGAUGGGAUCGAGAAGAGCUUUGACGAUAGAAAAAACAAUAAUGAUGAUGAUGUGAAGGUUGGAGUGGAAGCUAAUGAAGGUGCUCAUAAGGAUUGUAAUUCGAGUCAGACCACAAAAAUGAAUGGAAAGGAAUUGGAGAAGGUAGAGUCAUGGGAUUGGAAGAAAUUGACGGAUGAAGAUCCCAUUCAGAAGUCCCCAAUGAAAUAUUUCAUGGAAGAAAUUCAUGCUGGAAAUUCCUUAAAGAGCACCACCACCCUUGGCAAUGAUAAAGAACGAGAACGAGUUUAUGAUACAAUAUUUCGCUUGCCAUGGCGAUGUGAACUGCUUAUAGUUGUUGGAUUCUUUGUCUGCCUGGAUUCAUUUCUAUCUUUGUUGACUAUCAUGCCAACAAGGAUCAUCAUAACCUUAUGGAGGCUUCUUAGAUCAAGGCAGUUCAAGAUGCCUUCAUCAGCGGAGCUAUCAGAUUUUGGCUGUUUUGCUGUCCUGGUCAGUGGAGUCACUAUAUUACAAGAAGCUGAUAUCAGCUUAAUAUAUCACAUGAUUCGGGGUCAAGGGACGUUCAAAUUGUAUGUGGUGUACAAUGUGUUGGAGAUAUUUGAUAAGUUAUGUCAGAGUUUUGGUGGUGAUGUAAUGCAAGCUCUAUUCCAUUCAGCGGAUGGACUUGCAAAUUCUUCACCAGAAAACAUGCAAUUCUGGCUGUGGAGAUUCAUUUCUGAUGAAGCGUUAGCAGUGGCUUCUUCAAAUAUCCUUAUCAUGUUGUCUCUAUCUAAAUAA